CCGAAGGAAGAGACGAGUUUUAGCCGCCCAAAUCCCUAAUUCCGCCGCCGGGAACAGCUUCCACUCUGCAAACCAUAGGGAACAUAAUCGUUUCCAUCGUCGGCACCGGAAUCCUAGGCCUCCCUUUCGCUCUCCGGGUCGCCAGCUGGCUUGCUGGAUCGUUCGCGAUCAUCGUUGCUGGGAUUUCUACUUAUUAAUGCAUGAUUCUCCUCGUUCAAUGCAGGGAUAAAAUGGCAACCGAGGAACCCACCACGGAAACAAGAACAUGUGGUGAUCUGGUGAAAGGAGAAAUUUUACAAUGCUAUAUAAUAUUGGUGCUAUAGGUUUUUGUCUUUAUGGUACAACUUAAAAUCGUACAUUUACGUUAUGGUACAACUUCAGAUUGUACCUAUACUUUUUGUACAAAUUCUUUUAUGGUACAACUUGAACUUGUACCUUUAUGUGAUGGUACAACUUCAAGUUGUAAAGUUGUACCAUAACAUAAUGGUACAAAUUGCUUUAUGGUACAACCUAAACUUAUACAUUUAAUGUUAUGGUACAACUUUGAGUUAUACAUUAAAACACCAAUGCUAUAUAGCAUAGUAGAAGUGCUCUGGUGAGAGAGGAUGUCCAAAAACGUUUUUGGUGGGUAUUUUAAGUUCAGUGACAGGCAAGCAAUCUCGCCUGGUCCUGGUGGCUUGCCGUUUGCUUUAAGAAUGUAGAACUUGAUGAUCCAGGAGAAAGCUGAAACCGUAACGGUAAUGGAGAGUUUGGGAAGCUAAAGCGCGCCUGCAAUACCCAGAAGUGUAUCCGCGCGGGAGGGAAGCAUAUCGAUCUUGACGAUGUCGGGAAGGACACAUACCACCAUACAUUCUUUGCGAUGCUGGGGAAUUGGUCGUUUGGCGAUUAUUUUAAGAAAGAGGCAAUUGAAUGGGCUUGGGAGCUCCUAACCAAGGUGUAUGGACUUCCCGAGGAUCGUAUCUAUGCUACUUACUUCGAGGGCGAUGAGAAAGCUGGUCUAGCUCCUGAUAAUGAAGCGAGAGACAUGUGGCACGAAUUGUUGCCGCCUGGAAGAGUGCUUCGGUGCUUCCAUUUGGUUGCAAGGACAAUUUUUGGGAGAUGGGUGAUACCUGUCCAUGUGGUCCUUGUACAGAAAUACAUUUCGAUAGGAUCGGUAAUCGGGAUGCAGCAUAAUCGGGAUCCCACGUGCAUUGAGAUAUGGAACCUAGUGUUUAUUCAGGGCUUAACGUGAAGCUGGUCUAUUCCAAACCCGGCCGAUACAAGAAAGAGGGAGAACUUGGAACCUCUGAGCACAAUCAGCAAAACCUAUCGAACUUAUAGGUGGAGACCUUCAACGAUUAAGUAAGGUGAGUGUAAAUGGGGUAAAUUCAACACCUUACGUAUUCUUUUAAGCAUUGUGAUUUUAAGUAUUUUAGCGAAUUGGUUAUCGUUGCUUGGUUAUGUGUAUGAUUGAUUAUUUGUGCUUUGCUUGAGUUAUGGUUUGAGAUGAUUUUGUGCUAUUUGAGGUGAUUUUGUUUGAGCUAUACUUGAAGUGAAUGUUUUUAGUUACUUUGAAAUUUUUACGAGUAUAAGUUAUUAUUAAAGAGUAAGAAACGAGUUCUUUUAAAGAGGUAACUCACCUCAAGAAGGUGAAGUUGUUUUAAGUGUUUUUAGUCGCUAGCGCCAGUCCGUUGCCUUUUGAGAUUUUCAGAUAGAGCAACAAUUAUGCUCUUGAGAUCUUUGAGACAGAGCAGCAGUUAUGCUCUUGAGACUUUUAAGAUGGGCAGCAGUUAUGCCCUUGAGAAUCGUGGUGAAGAGCCACCACGAUAAGUUUAAGAUGUUAGGGGAAUGAAUCGUUACGACUUCCCUAACUAAGUUUAAGUUUAAGGAAAGCCUGAAUGGCUUCUCAUACGUAUGAGUUGGCAACCGGACUAGCUAGUGAGGGAUACCUGUGUCAGUCAAGUAUUUAAGUCAAGAUUUGAGCUUUAAGAGAUGAGAGUAACUUCACCGUAUUUCUCUUCCUUCGAUCAUCGUGUAAAAUAAAACACGAAUAUCUCUGUUCGAGCGACCGUCUGUCCCUGUUGAAGUGCUCUGCCGACACACACGAAUUCACGGUAAACGAUAAACAACCCUUUUAACUUCGUCCGCCUCCUCAUUCUCGACCCCUACCACCAUUGUUCUUCUCCCCUUCGUUCAAGAGGUAUGUUACACCAUUGAAUCCGAACCCCAAUUCACUCUCUUCAACUGGCCUCUUUCAAUUUCUUCACCGCCUUUCUCCUCCAAAUCUCUCGUUCCCCAUUUUUCUCCUCUUUCCCUUCAUCUGAUUGGGUAACCGAUUGUAGUCUCGAUUCUUCCAAAAUCAGCUACUACGACAUCAUUUUAUUAAUCCCACGUGGACCAAUAAAAGUUGGCGUCACCGGUGCCACACUUUUAAUGGUGGUACGGUAGUAUUGGCCUUGUAUCACUUGUAUUAAAAUAUAACACUUCUAUCACACAUUGAGUGGUGUGGGCUUAAAGACCUUAUUUUUGGGUUUAGUGUGGCUUAAAGACUUUGAUCCAUUAUGAACUCUUUCUUGUAUCAGUUAUCCAGUCCUUAAUCAAAUAAAGCUCUAUGCUAAACGAACAUUUCUAAAGAGCCUAGCUCGCUGAACACCAUGGAGGAGGAGGACGCAAUUCCCAUUUCUAUCAUCUCCUAAGCAAAGACAAAGCAAUAUUCUUGUGAUCUAUGUUGAAGUUAUAAUUAGUAUAUGUUAUGCCAUUUAAUAUAAAUGGAAAUCCACAUAUUAGUGAUGUUGAUUGUUACUUGUUGCCCUUAAAAGUGUUUAAACAACACUUACAGCAAAUACAACUGGAAGAAAUGUUUUAGAAUCAUAAGAAUGAUCAAAUCAUAAAUGAUUUAUAAGUGAGGUACUUCAAGAAUGUUAGUCCUCAUAAUGAAUGUAUUUAAAGUUU